AUGAACGAAAAUGCUGAGCUCUUGGGUGAUAAUGCAAAGUUAAAAUAUGCUAUAGAAGAGAAUGUCAAUCCAAAGCCCAAUUCCUCCAACUCAAAAAAAAUAUUAGAAACUAAGGUAACUGUAUCAUCCACAACUCAGCCCAAAGAGAAAGUUCUAUCGAAAACCCAGGUAAGUAGUAUAUCACUCAUACCACAAGCCUCUGGCCCCUCUUUUGGCUUUAAAGAUUAUUCAGAACUUGAGAACGUUUCACAUAAUUUUAAAGGAUAUGAUAAUUAUCGAUUUGUUGAAGAAGAACCAUGUAUAGUUUGCGAUAUAGAACAUUGGGAUCAUGUAAGAUCUGGCGAAUGA